AUGUCCAGUUGGAUUGACCCUAUUGACUUUUCGUGGCUUGGUGGAGGUGUUGGUUGGCCUCCCAAGGUGGGUGGCUGCGAUCAUGAUGGGUGUGAGGGCGAUGAUGGGUGUGAGGGCGAUGAUGGGUGUGAGGGCGAUGAUGGGUGUGAGGGCGAUGAUGGGUGUGAGGGCGAUGAUGGGUGUGAGGGCGAUGAUGGGUGUGAGGGCGAUGAUGGGUGUGAGGGCGAUGAUGGGUGUGAGGGCGAUGAUGGGUGUGAGGGCGAUGAUGGGUGUGAGGGCGAUGAUGGGUGUGAGGGCGAUGAUGGGUGUGAGGGCGAUGAUGGGUGUGAGGGCGAUGAUGGGUGUGAGGGCGAUGAUGGGUGUGAGGGCGAUGAUGGGUGUGAGGGCGAUGAUGGGUGUGAGGGCGAUGAUGGGUGUGAGGGCGAUGAUGGGUGUGAGGGCGAUGAUGGGUGUGAGGGCGAUGAUGGGUGUGAGGGCGAUGAUGGGUGUGAGGGCGAUGAUGGGUGUGAGGGCGAUGAUGGGUGUGAGGGCGAUGAUGGGUGUGAGGGCGAUGAUGGGUGUGAGGGCGAUGAUGGGUGUGAGGGCGAUGAUGGGUGUGAGGGCGAUGAUGGGUGUGAGGGCGAUGAUGGGUGUGAGGGCGAUGAUGGGUGUAAGGGCGAUGAUGGUUCGCAUGAUAGGAUGGCUGCGUGA